AUUUAUGUUAGUUGUUUGCUUGCGAUAGGUUCACGCGUUUCUACGUCUCGACUCGGAAAAAUAAAAAAUUAUGCGGUAUUUUGCGAUCAAAUUGUUUAAAAUUGUGCAUAAUUAAAAUGAAAUAUACAAAAGAAUAGUGCACUGUAACGUAAGAAUGAAGCUGGAUCGUGGGUUAAGGCUUUAAUAAAAUAUUGGCAAAUCGUUGUGGGACCCAAAGAGCAAGAUUAUUAAGCGAAAACGCCGAUUAAAAAAUACUGUACAGGGGCUACCAAAAGAAGUGUGGAUACCGAAAGCAGCUCAGUUCGUGAACAAUUUGCAUAAACCAACUCACCAAAAUGGAUAAUUUCAAUAAAAUAUUUAACAGUGAAAGUGAAAACGGUUGAAGUUUCAAAAUAAACAAAAGUACUCUUUUAUCCCAAAGAAUGCAAUUUCAAGUGCAGUAUAAAGUUCAGCCCGACAGGCUGUCCAAACGAAAAGCAAACAUAUUUUUACAUUGAUGGACAUUUGAGCGUAAUCAAAUAAAAACACACAAAGGAGCAAGGCUCUCACAGAAAAGUCAUAAAGUGUUGGUAAAGUGAAAUUAAAUAUCUUUUAUGAUACAAAAAAAAAAAGGAUUCCAGAGCAGACUAUUAAGUGAAAAUUCAAAUAAAAUAAUUGAAAAGUGGUAUUAAAGUGAUAGUUGAAAAGUGUGUUUGCAUAAAACAGAAUUGAUAAAAUAAGAGCUAGGUGCUCACCAGUAGAAUUUAAUAUUUAGAGUUAAGCUAUGCCAAGUCGCCACUAGAGAAAUAUGGAUAAGCGGCUCAGCGACAGUCCCGGAGAUUGUCGCGUAACCAGAUCCAGCAUGACGCCCACGUUGCGCCUGGAUCAGAGUCCCAGGCCGGAGACCCAUCCCCAGCAGCCGGAGAGCGGCCCGGCUGCAGCACCUGGCAAGUCCAAGUCCCCCACUCCGCUGCCCGGAAAAUCGCAGGCGGCACAGCAUCACCAGUUCCGGGCUCCCCAGCAGCAGCAGGGUCCCAAGAACCGGAACAAGGCCUGGGGCAAGAGGCAGCACAAGGCCGGUGGGAAACACAAUGCCAGUGCCUGCGUUGGUGCCAGUAGCGCCCAGACGCAGUCCACCGGCUCCUCUGCCCCAGCCACGCCCCUGCUGCCCACGACAGCGGCGGCAGCCCACAAGGCCGAUCUCGAGAACAUCCAGAAUAUCCAGAACAAGAAUCAGAUUGCCGGCGGUGGCAACAACCAUCAUGGCAACGCCGGAAGCGCCCAUCACGGUGGCGGCGGCGGUGGUGCCCAUCACACCGGGACGGGCGGAGGUGGACACCAUCACCAUCAUAACACGCGGCUGGCGCAGAACGCCGCCGCCGGAGGAGCGGGCGGAGGAGGUACCAUGCAGCUCUACAAGAAGAUGCUAACGCACCGGGGUCACCACCACCAUGUGUUGUGCGCCGGGAAUAAUGCGAACCACACGUGCUGCUUGGCCACGGGUUGCAACGGCGGCUCUUCCGGCGGAGCGGGCGCGGCCGGAGGCGCAGGUGGCGUAGCGGGAGGCGGUGGAGCGUCCUGCAAGGAGGCGCAGAGCAGCAAGGACACCAGCUCGCUGAGCGGAAACAGCAGCAUUGCGGGCAGCACAGGAGCGGGAAACGCAGUACACUAUUGCUGCGGCCGCAACAAGUUUUUCCUGCCGGAGAAGCGGCUGCGCAAGGAGGUGAUUGUGCCACCCACCAAAUUCCUGCUGGGCGGCAACAUCUCCGAUCCGCUUAACCUCAAUUCGCUGCAGAACGAGAACACGUCGAAUGCUUCGUCCAGCAACAACACGCCGGCGACAACGCCCCGUCAGUCGCCCAUCACCACGCCCCCGAAGGUGGAGGUGAUCAUACCGCCCAACAUCCACGAUCCGCUGCACCUGCUGGAUCCCGUUGAUUCGAUGGAGUACGAAAAGCAGCUGACGUCGCCGAUGAAGCGUGGAGGAGGGGGUGGGGGUGGGAUGCUGCACCACAGGCAGCACCACCACCGCACGCGGAAGAACCGAAAGCGUAGGCGCUUCGAUUCCAACAACACUUCGCAUGCAGGCGAUGAAGGAGGGGGCAGUGGCGAGCUGGCCGACGAACCUACGCUUCCCACGGCCACCUCAUCGUUGGCGGCGUCGCCGGUCGCAGCGCCCGUCAACGUCGGCGGGAGUUUGCUGCUGAGCGAGUCUGCUGCUCCGGCCGCAGGCGAAACGGCGGAAACGGGCCACCAGCAGGCGCAUGUGCGCUCUCCGCAGUCGGCGGCGACAAUGGCCACCGCUGAGAUGCCCACGCCUACGCCGACCGAGGCAGCGGCUGCUACUGCGGCCGAGGAGCAAGUGGAACAGGCGGCAGCACCGGCAGCGACGUCAUCCCCGCAGCGUCAGCAACAUGUGGCCGCCGUUGCCGCGGAGGAGGCUCCCCCUGCCGCUCCGCCCGCUUCUGCUGCUGAGCCGCCGGCGGAUGAGAUGAUGCUCAGCUGCUCGGCAACGUCGGCCACACUGGCGGUGGCAUCGACGCUGGCAGAGAGGCGGGCGCAGGCAAGUCGGGACUUGCGACUGGAUUUGUCGAGCACGUGCUACGGCGUCGGCGGCACGGGGUUGAGCUUUGGCGGCAGCAGCGCAGCCAGCAUUUCCAGCGGAGGAGGAGGAGGUGGCGGUGGUAGGAAGAGAAAAAUCAGCGAGAGCAACAAUUCGCAAAAGAGCAAGAAAUUCCAUCGACACGAUGCCAUGGAUAAAAUCGUCAGUCCGGUGGUUCCGCAACCAGGCGCCUGGAAGAGGCCACCGCGCAUCCUGCAGCCCAGCGGAGCCAGGAAACCCAACUCGCGCCGGUCGACGUCCUUCAGCGAAUCGGAGUUGCUAAGUCCCGUCGAGGAGGUGCCGCCCAAGCAGUUGCCCCUCAUCGAAGUGGAAAUACCCCGUGAUGAUACGCCCGAUUUGCCGGAACACGGUCUGGGCAGCCCGCUGAGCACCACUUCGGCGGCAACCUCCCACACGGCUGGCGAGCAGGAUUCCCUGGCCGGGGUGGACACUAGCAUGGCGGAUGCCUCAGCGUCCGUGGCGUCCGGAGCGUCUACGGCGGCCUUGGCACCAGUGACCAGCAGUCUAAUGCUGGAGCCAGCUCUGAUUCCGCCACUCAAAGUGAUGCCCAAGUUUCGUGCUGAUGGGCUAAAGUACCGGUACGGAAACUUCGAUCGAUACGUAGACUUUCGGCAGUUGAACGAGUUCCGGGAUGUGCGCCUGCAGGUUUUCCAGCGCCAUGUGGAACUGUUCCAGAACAAGGACAUCCUGGACAUUGGCUGCAACGUUGGCCACAUGACCAUUACGGUGGGCAGGCAUUUGGCGCCGAAAACCAUUGUCGGCAUUGACAUCGAUCGAGAGCUGGUUGCCCGGGCCCGGAGAAAUCUUUCGAUCUAUGUGCGCAUACCCAAGGAGGAAAAGGUGCCAGAAAUCAAGGUGGAACCGACGCUGGAAGUGAAGGCAGAGUUAACGCCGGCGGAAAAGACGGAACCCGUGGACGAAGAAGAUGCUUCGGGAUCGGCUCACAAGAAAACGAGACGCGGAAAGAAGCGACGAAAAGUUCAGCAAGCACUUCACCAGCAUCAUCAUCACCAUCACCACCAUCAUCAUCAUGAUAUAGAACAGCUGCAGCAGCAGCAGAAGCUGGACGCACUGCUUGUCAAGCCGCACGAAUUCUUCCCCAUCUCGUUUCCGCUGAUCUACGGAGGAAUUCCUCAUCUGCCACCAUCGAGCAAAUCGCCCAACAUGUUCGGCAACAAGAAUCAGUUCCCGGCGAACGUCUUCUUUAGACACACCAACUAUGUGCUCAAGGACGAAUCGUUAAUGGCCAACGAUUCGCAGCAAUACGAUCUCAUAUUGUGUCUCUCGGUUACCAAGUGGAUCCAUCUUAACUUUGGAGACAACGGCUUGAAGAUGGCCUUCAAGCGGAUGUUCAAUCAGCUGCGUCCCGGUGGAAAGCUUAUACUAGAAGCACAAAACUGGGCCAGCUACAAGAAAAAGAAGAACCUGACGCCAGAGAUCUACAACAACUACAAGCAGAUCGAGUUCUUUCCCAACAAGUUCCAUGAGUACUUACUUAGCUCGGAGGUGGGAUUCAGCCACAGCUAUACACUCGGUGUGCCCCGGCACAUGAACAAGGGAUUCUGCCGACCCAUCCAGCUGUAUGCGAAAGGAGAUUAUACACCGAAUCAUGUGCGUUGGAGCGAUGCUUAUUAUCCGCAGACACCCUAUGAGGCGUAUCGCGGCAUCUACGCAACCCUUCCCGCCCAUCGGAUGGGCGGCGGCGGAAGCAGUGCUGGCGGUAGCCAUAGUGGGCAUGCUCACAUGCUGCACCUCAGCAGCUCCAGUCGGUCGCAGAACUACGACACUCCGCAUUACGCAGGCAGCGCCUCGGGCUCAGCCAGUUGCCGGCAGACGCCGAUGUACCAGCCAACAUACAACCCUUUGGAGACGGACUCAUACCAGCCCAGCUACGACAUGGAGUAUCUCAACCACAUGUACGUGUUCGCCUCUCCGCUCUACCAGACCGUCUGGUCGCCGCCUGCAUCGCUGCGCAAAAGCAGCUCGCACACGCCGGUAUUCGGAAGCGUGCGCGAAGCGGAGCUGGAUGGCGAUGGCAGCGGGGGCGGAGGCAGUGGGGGCGGCAGCUACCAUCGGCACGUCUAUCCGCCCAACGACGACACCUGCUCGCCGAACGCCAACGCCUGCAAUGCGUUCAACUCGAUUCGCGAUGCGGACACGGAUGAUUCCAACCAGCCGCCCAGUGGAAGUCGACGGCAUGUGUACGCCACCAAUUGCGGGGAGAGCUCCUCGUCGCCGCAGGUGAACCACCACGAGGCAGCCGGCGAGUUUGUGGACGCCCUCAUGGACGAUGAGCAGAAGUCAUCUACUGGCGGAGGGACUAGUGGCGUAGCCUAUUGUGAUCUGUCGGAUGCCUAGAAUAGGGAUGGUUUAGACAGGAAAAAUGUGUCAAAAAGAAAAAAAACGAAAAAAUCGAAAAAACUUAAGAAAACCACAAGAGGUUUUCGAAAAGAAAAAAAUUCAAUGUAACCGUAAACGAGACGCUUAUGAUUUUCUAUGGUAUAAUGUGCGUAUAUAUUUUUAUAUAUUGUAAUUUAAUGGAAUGAAUAUAUAUACAAAUAUAUACAGAUCUAUAUAUACAAUUUGAACAGAGAUGCAUGUGUUUAGGUAUAUUGUAAUCUUUAUAGAUAAGGCUAAUCAUUUUUGCUAAAAUGCUUUAUAGUGAACACUUGAUUUGAUCCUGUUGGCAGUUCAAUUGUAAUCCUAGUUUUAAAUCCACCAUAAGCAAUACAAACACAAACACGCUCACACGUAUAUUCAUUCAUAUACAACACACCCACCAACACUCACACAUACGACAAGCUGUAGCUUUAAAUAAUAUUACUAUAUUGUGCUAUAAAAUGUUUAGGAAACGUGAAAGAAUCCCAUGAAAUUAAACUAUUUUUGAUUAACAUUUUGGCAAAGCAAAAAUAUUAAACUGCUACAAGGGAAUGCAAACACAAAAAUGAAAUAAAAUAAACACAAUGGCAAAGCAAAGAAAAUACAAUACAUUAUUACAUUUAGCCUUAAGCAAGUGAGAGAAUGCUUACAAUUAUUUACAUUAGGUUGAAGACUAUGGUUAUAGCUAAGCAAGUGUAGCAUUAUAUUUCAAGUUUGAUCAAUAGCAAGAACCGAUCUUUAACCUUUUCCACCUUCUAAGGGGUAAGCGAAACUUAUGAGUUUUAUCUUUGCUAUGUUUUUGAAACAUUUUAAUGGAAUAUUUUACUUUUUUCUGAGAAAAUGAAAAUUAAUGUAGUCGAAAGAAUUAAAACAGAUAUCUAUAUAUAGAAAAUAAACAUUAUUAUAUUGAAAAUUUGG